AAAAGUCAGAACGAUUUUGAUAUUUUUGUAUUGGUGUUUCGCUCACAAGUCAAGUCACAACCACAACUUAACUUACGAGUCAAAAACAAACAAGCAAGUAGUUCUUGUCGCUAAUAAAAAUAUGUUAUAGUUUUAUAUUCAUACUUUAAAAGUGUUUUAAAUUUUUAAGAAUUUUUUAUUUGAAAGUAUUUAUCUGUGUACAAAAAUAAUAAAUACGAUUAACAUGGACAAUUUGUGCAAACGCAUCAGUGAACAAGUUCAAGAAAGAACAUACAAGGUGUUAAAAGAUUUAUGCGGUAUCUGGCAGCACAGUUACAGAGAAGAAACUAUAAGAAACAACUGUGAAAAAUUUAUAGAUCAUGUUGCAGAUCUCUACAGUGAUAUUAUCGAAGAAGCUGAAUCAGUUAAAGAUGUAUAUAUACAAGAAUUGGAAAAACUAAUGAAGGAUGUGACAGAAACAUGUAAACUGCUCUCAGAGCCUUUGCCAGAAGAAUGCACACAAGAUUUAGUGCUAUUUGAAGCUAUUGAAAUUCUCAAACAAAAAUUAUAUGAUUAUAAUAAGAUUUACAAUGAGAGGAAAUCUGUCAUUAACGACUUGUUGGGCAAAGAAAUGAGUUUAUGCAAAGAUUUAGGAUUCAAACAGAAAGGACUAUCAACAAGUCCAACAUUGCCUUCUGGUCACGAUAUUGAAGUUUUCCAAAAGUACUUGUUCGACUUGGAACAGGAAAAAUCUUUGAGGCAAACAGAGUUAGAGAAGAUGCGCAAGGAUCUAAUAAGGAUAUUUGAUGAGCUCGAAAUAAAGCCAUCACUAGAUUUUGAAGCUGUUCUUCUGAGUGACUCCGAAAUGAAAGUUACAGAUGCUGUUAUGAUGCGUGUUCGUAAUGCACAUGCUGAUUAUGUAAACAAGCUUGAAAGAUCUAAAAAUAUUGUUUUAGAAUUACGUGAACGCCUUAGUGCUUUAUGGGAACGCUUGGAAGAAGAUUUUAAUGUGCGUAAUGAGUUUCUCCUAAAAUAUCCUGGGCAUGGAAGUAAAACCGUAUCUGCCUUGAGAGAAGAAAUAAAGAAAUGUGAAGAAAAAAAGAAAAAUAAUAUAAAAGUUUUUAUAGAAAAAAUCAGAAAAGAAAUUAAUAUGUGGUGGGACAGAUGUAUGACUUCACCUGAAGAGAGAUCAAGCUUUUCAGCUUAUCAAAGUGACUUCUACACUGAAGACUUGUUAACCUUACAUGAAAUGAUGGUGGAACAAUUGGAGCAAUUCUAUUAUCAUAACCAGAAAAUUUUUGAAUUGCUUUCAAAAAGGCAAACGCUAUGGGAAAAGUUGAAUGCCUUAGAAAGUAAAAGUAAUGAUGCCAAUAGAUACAAUAAUCGUGGUGGAAAGUUGCUUCAGGAAGAAAAAGAACGCAAAAAAAUUGCAUCUCAACUUCCUAAAGUAGAAGAGGAAUUAUUGCUUCUUGCUAAAGAAUAUGAAAUAAAAACUGGCAAAGUUUUUACUGCUUAUGGUGAAGAUAUUGAGAUCUUAAUCAAAAACAAGCACUUAGAAAGAAAGAUAGAUAAAGAAUGUCAAUUAUCAGCACGUAAGCAAUCAAAGGCUGUAACACCUACAGCUAGUUCAACAAGAACACGUCUAUUUGCCAAUACCAAAUCGAGUUUAAAUGUUCUUAGCACUCCUGGCGCAAGCAAUCAACGAAGAAGGAGCCCUGUAUUAACACCUCGGGUUUUGAAAACUCCCAAUAAAAAUACCAAUACACCUCGAGCAACAAAAGUGAAUACCAAUGUGUUGUCUUUGAAAAAAGGACAGUCUUCAUUUAAGAGAAGGUCUGGAAAUCAAAAAUCAGCUGUUAAAAUGAAGAAAACCUUAUCAAAUGUGGCACCAGAAGAAUUAUUAAAUACUUCAAAGGCUUAUGCACAAUUUAAGACACAUUUAUCCAAGAAUUCCCAUCUUAGAAGCAGUAUAGCACACAAUAACAUGCCUUUACCAACUGGAAAUUUGCUUAAAACUCCGCCAAGAAUAAUUAUUUCAGAAAAUACCCCACCACAAUCAAAGAAUACUCGAAUGACUCGGCAGAAUACAUUUACUACUUCAGGUCAGAAUAAAACACCUGGAUUGACCAGAUCUUCCAGCAACGUGUCACCAGGAUCAUACAAUAACAAAUUGUCUACGAAAAAUUUGCCAAUUAUAAUAUAG